AUGCAGACGUUUUUUUGGUGGUGGGAGUGUCUUCCGUCAUCGAACUCUCUUUAUCUUCUUUCUCUUCUUCCUCGCAACGCGUUUGUCACGAGGAGUUCCAUCGUGUAUCCAUUUUUGUGGCGAAUUUUCCUCAGUGUAAAGAAGAGAAAAACUCGUCUCUUUUUAGUACCUAAACGCAUCUUCAUGACGUCUGGAGAAGAAGAAGACGGAGGAGGAUCAUCGAGAGCGACGACGAGAAAGACGACAAAGAAGAGGAAGACUCGUACUCACGUUGCGUUUUACGAACGGAGAGAUUCUUUGUGGGACGUGAUCGUGAAGUGGGACGAUAUUUGUUUCAAACACAUUCUUCCGAGAUUGAAUCGAACCGAUGUGAAGAUCUUGUACGAAGUGAAUACAGAGACGAGAAAGUUGAUCAAGAGAUCCUCUCGCAAGAGGGAGUUGAAAAAGAAGUAUAAAGUGAGCGAGAUGUCUUCGGUAUCGACGUUGGACGUCGCGUUGGAGAAUCUAUCGUUGUGGUCGGGUGACUGGGACGAAACAGAAUUCUGCGCGAAAGUUGCUCUAACGAAUAAACUCGAGUUGCUCGAGUGGGCGCGAGAGUGGAUACAUUGUGAUUGGGAUUCAAAUACGAUGAGAAUAGCCGCAGAACAAGGCAAUCUGGAAAUGGUAAAGUAUUGCGUGGCAAAGAAGUGUCCUAUUAAUGGGUGGGCGUGUGCAGAGGCUGCCGGAAACGGUCAUCUCGAGGUACUCAAAUACUUACGCGAAGAAGCCAAAGCGCCGUGGAAUCUUUGGACUGCCGCUUGGGCGGCUCGAAGUGGUCAUCUCCACGUACUCGAAUAUCUUGUCGAGCGUAAAUUUGAGCACUUUGACCGUUGGGCGUAUCGGUGUGCGGCCAAGCCCGGCCAAUUGGACUGUUUGAAGUUCUUACGCGAAACCGCCAAAGCGCCUUGGGACUCCGAGGCCGUACGAAUAGCGCACGAGAACAAACAAACCGAGUGUUUACAAUACCUCCUCGACAACAACUGUCCUCUCCCACGCAAUUGGCGAUACGAAGGCGGAGAACUGCGCGUACCAGAAUAG